CCAAGGCUGGCCGAGACUUUGAUUGCAUGCUGCCGGUCUGUGAAUUGCUUCUCUCCUCCCUCUUGUUCUUUCUGCACUGGCCUCGAGGCACCACUCACUGUACGGUCGCUUGGGGCGUUAUCAAGCUGCCAACCAUUGAGAGCAGCAGCAGGGGCAUUCGUUUUCUGGGAGCCUGCCGCCUGCUCGUGCGACAACCACACUGCGGUGUGACAGCACCUCCACUCAACCCGUCUUGGGUGCCAUUAUCCACGGCUUGGCCAUCCAGCUCAGAACGUCGUUCUCCUUGCCACUCCUGUCAAUUCCGCCAGCAACAUCACACACCUCUUUCAACUGACCACGAGUCACCAUGGAUCCCAACGUCGACUACAAACUAGAAAAACGACACCGAUCUCGGACAGCGCCGUUCGCCUCGUCGACAAACUCCGCGGCCACAGCUGGGUUUCGCGUCCGCCGCAAGACCCCAUCGUGCUUGUCUUGCUGCUCGUUCUGCAUCGGCUGCUUCGCCGGCCGCUCCCGCAAAUGCAUCCUCUCCUUCGUCGCAGUCCUCACCAUAGUCUGGUUGGCUCUCAGCACCGGAAGCUACGUCGCCUGGGAUAAAUACACGCAGGCUCCACCAGACGGGCUCUCACCCCCAUGGUACCCGACUCCAAAGGGCGGCACAGCCAAGACGUGGGCAGAGAGCUACAAGAAGGCUAGCGCUCUCGUAGCGAAGAUGACGCUGCCGGAGAAGGUCAACAUCACGACAGGCACAGGUUGGCAGAUGGGUCCCGCCGUGGGGAACACGGGCCCGGCCACGAACGUCGGGUUCCCCUCCCUGGCGCUCCAGGACGGACCGCUGGGCAUAAGAUUUGCGGACAACUCGACCGCAUUCCCUGCGGGCGUGACCGUCGGCGCAACAUGGAGCAAGGACCUUAUGUAUCAGUGGGGCAAUGCCCACGCGAUAGAGGCGCGCAAGAAGGGCAUCAACGCGAUCCUCGGGCCCUGCAUUGGCCCCUUGGGCCGCAUGCCUGCGGGUGGGCGCAACUGGGAGGGCUUCGGCGCGGAUCCGUACCUGCAGGGCAUCGCCGCGGCGCAGUCGAUCAAGGGCAUGCAGGACGAGGGCGUGAUGGCGACGAUCAAGCACCUCGUCGCCAAUGAGCAGGAGCACUUCCGCCAGUCGUGGGAGUGGGGCCUGCCCAACGCCAUCUCGAGCAACGUCGACGACCGCACCAUGCACGAGCUGUACAUGUGGCCCUUUGGCGACGCCGUCAAGGCCGGCGUGGCGAGCGUCAUGUGCAGCUACAACCAGAUCAACAACUCGUACGCAUGCGGCAACUCGAAGCUGCUCAACGGCCUGCUGCGCGACGAGUUGGGCUUCCAGGGCUUCGUCAUGUCGGAUUGGCUUGCGCAAAGAAGCGGUGUCGGGACCGCGCUCGCGGGUCUAGACAUGACGAUGCCUGGCGAUGGGUUGUUCUGGGCGCAGGGCAAGUCGCUGUGGGGUGCGGAGUUGACGCGCUCUGUGCUCAACGGGUCUGUGCCGGUCGCUCGGCUGAACGAUAUGGUUACCAGGAUCGUGGCUGCGUGGUACCAGUUUGGCCAGGACGACGAGACCAGGUUCGAUCCCAAGGGGCCAAACUUCUCUUCGUGGACAGACGAGGAGUAUGGCGUCGAAGCGCCCGGUAGUCCCACCGACCAGGAGAAGGUCAAGGUCAACCAUUAUGUCAAUGUUAUGGAGGAUCACGCUUCCGUCGCACGAGCUGUUGCCGCAGAGGGUACCGUGCUGCUGAAGAACGACGGUCUUCUGCCAAUUACGAGGGACGGCAAGAUAGGCCCCAAGAAGAGCGAUGUGCGCAAGGACGGCAAGCCGCUGAGAGUUGCCAUCUUUGGCGAAGAUGCCGGACCUGGGGAUGGGCCGAAUGCAUGCCCCGACCGUGACUGCAACCAGGGCACGCUGGCCAGCGGCUGGGGCUCAGGAGCAGUCGACUUCCCUUACCUCGUGACGCCCCUCGAGGCGCUCAGCAAAGGUUGGGAGGCGAGCAACGGCGCCGUCAACGUCAGCUCGUACCUGACCAACAGCCCACCUUUCUCGAAGCAGCACGAGAUCCUUGCCGACGCCGACGUCUGUAUUGUUUUCGCCAAUGCCGACUCGGGCGAGGGUUACCGCGCGUGGGACUCGGUCAAGGGUGACCGCCCGGACCUGAUGCUGCAAAAAGGCGGCGACGACCUGAUUAUUGGCGUGGCAAGCGGAUGCGGCGGUGGGACUGGCGAUGUGCUCGUCGUGAUCCACACCGUCGGGCCUGUAGUCAUGGAGAACUGGAUCGAUCUGCCCAACGUGAAAGCGGUCCUCGUCGCGAACCUGCCUGGCCAGGAGAGCGGCAACGCCUUGGCCGACGUCAUCUUCGGCGACGUCAGCCCGAGCGGCCACUUGCCCUGGACCAUCGGCAAGUCUCUCGACGACUACGGCGAGGGCGCGCGCAUCCUGUACACGCCCAACGAAGUCGUGCCGCAGCAGGACUUCAAAGAAGGACUGUACGUGGACUACCGGCACUUUGACAAGUACGAGAUUGCGCCGCGGUUCGAGUUUGGCUUCGGCCUGAGCUACACCUCCUUUGAGCUCUCAGAUCUCAAGAUCGCCAGCGCCAAGGGCGACAAGAAGGUCGCUCUUCCCGCUCCGAGACAGAAGGACUUUGCCCAUCCUCCCCAGUAUUCGGACAAGAUCCCCGACCCGAAAGAGGCGCUCUUCCCCGAGGGCUUCAGGAAGCUGAAGAAGUUUGUCUACCCGUACCUCAGCUCCGUCGACGAAUUCAUCCCCAUCGAGGACGGGGGCAAGCUGAACACAGCCCUCGAGCAGAAGAAGUAUCCCUACCCCGUGGGCUACGAUGUGGUCCAGCCACCCAGCGGUGCUGGUGGCGACGAGGGCGGCAACCCUGACCUCUGGGCGACAUAUGUCACUGUCGAUGUUGCCAUCAAGAACACCGGUGCGGUCAAAGCCAAGGCGGUGCCGCAGGUCUACAUCUCGUAUCCGGGGUCGAGGACUGCCGCGGCCUCGGCUGCGGCUGGGGAGAGGCAGGAGGAGGGGACUAGCAGUGCUGCAGCUGCUGCUGCUGCUGGGAAGGAUGAGAUUGACUUCCCCGUCCGUGUGCUGCGCGGGUUUGAGAAGAUUGAGCUCGACGCCGGGGAGAGCCAGAAUGUCCAGUUCAACCUGACGCGGCGGGAUCUGAGCUACUGGGACGUCGUGAGGCAGAACUGGGUCAUUGUAGAGGAGGGACAGUACGAGGUCAGUGUUGGGUUCAGCUCGCGGGACUUGAGGGUCAAGGGCAAGUGGUAGAUAUGUCUCUGGGCACGACUGGGACAAAUGAGGCACGACAUGACGUAAAGCGAAAGGAUUGCAGUUGCAGGCUACGAACGGCAUGGGAAACGCAAAAAUGUGAAAAUUCUUCUUGGACUGCUGAAGAUCCCCAAAAGGACGUCUGUGAUGAACAUAAAUGGCAUCAUGCUGCUGGAACACGAUCUAUC